GCUGGUGCCGCCGCCCUUCUGACUCUCUGCAGCCUCACCCCAUCCCAUGGAGCUGGAGGGGCAGUGGUGGAAAGGACAGCUGGCCGCCGACAUCCACCAAGCGCUUCGCUAUAAGGAGCUGAAACUUCCCUCUUAUAAAGGCCACUCUCCCCAGUUAAACCUGAGAAGAUAUUUUGCAGACUUGAUUGCCAUUGUGAGCAAUCGCUUCAGACUCUGUCCUGCUGCCCGACAUCUUGCCGUUUACCUGCUGGACCUCUUCAUGGAUCGCUACGACAUAUCCAUUCAACAGCUACAUGUGGUUGCUCUUUCCUGCCUGCUUUUAGCGAGCAAAUUUGAAGAGAAAGAAGACAGUGUGCCUAAACUUGAACAGCUAAACAGCUUGGGUUGUAUGACUAACAUGAACCUGGUGUUAACAAAACAGAAUUUGCUACACAUGGAGCUGCUGCUGUUAGAAACCUUUCAGUGGAAUCUUUGCCUCCCAACUGCUGCUCACUUCAUUGACUAUUAUCUCUCCGUUGCCGUUCACGAAUCAGAUCUCCACGAUGGGUGGCCAAUGGUUUGCUUGGAAAAGACAAAGCUGUACAUGGCAAAAUACGCUGACUACUUUUUGGAAGUAUCUCUGCAAGAUCAUGCAUUUUUAAAUUAUGCCCCUUCGUUAGUGGCUGCUGCGUGUGUGGCUUCUUCAAGGAUUAUCUUGCGCCUUUCUCCAACAUGGCCAGUGCGACUCCAUCGUCUUACCGCAUAUUCCUGGGAUUUCCUGCUGCCAUGUAUUGAGCGACUGUUGGUUGCCCAUGAUAAUGACGUCAAAGAAGCCAACAAGCAAAAAGGACAACACAGUUCUCAGGCUGCACCACACAGUUUAUUUCAGACAACAACGCCUCAGCCUCCACAGCAGACACAUCUACAGCAGCACAUUACCCAGUAUGUUCAAGCACAUCAAACUCCUCUACAAUACCAUCAUCAAACUGGGCAGCAGCAAAAUUGUCAGCCGAUUGUGUCAUCGGGGCAUACGUCAUCUUACCCACUGCAGACUUGCCCAGGUGGUUUACAAGGUGGUAUUCAGGCUCGAGGUCAUAUACAGACUGCUACAGGGGUGUCGCUAGCUGUACCUAUUGAAAUGAAGCCAUGUUUAAGUGUUUCCUACAACCGAAGCUACCAGAUUGCCGGACGUUACCCUUGUAUUACCCCUUGUUUCGAGAGGUGAUGACUAUAG